AAUGCGCGGAAACAUAAGCUAGUGCCACGGGAGACGGGGGCCGUGGGCUCCCCGAGAGGGGGGGCGCUGCUAGAAGGCCGGCUCACAUUUUGUGUCAAUUUUGAAUCGAAUCUCCAACCUGUCCACUGGACUCUGCCCUGUGCGAACAGUGCCAGGAACCUUGCGUGGUGGCAUGACAUGUUACGCGGUAGAGUGCCCACAGAUCGGUGUGUUGUGUGGCACCUGCUGUCAUUUUGGUUUCGCAAUCGAGUUUACGGCUUUGAUUUUCGAGUUGUUUGGGCGAAACGGUACACUGGGUGAUUCACCUGGUUGCUGGUGCCCUCGUCUGCCACCACUUCAUUAUUGUUGAUAGUCUUGGAAACACGUUCGGCCUCAAGGUCUCGGCAGUGGAAGUAGGGUUAGGUUGUCCUUUCGUUGGGGGCUCAGCAGACUACGAGUGAACACAUGGUGCAUAUCGCUGCGAUACCAAGCCCAAGAUGCGCAUCAGUUUCGAAGGCGGAAGCAACGAUGGAAUGUACCACUUCAAAAUUCUUGUCCCGAGUGUGGCAGCCGGUGCAAUUAUUGGCAUCGGUGGUGAAACCAUUGGGCAGCUACAGAAGGAUACAAAGGCUCGUGUAAAGAUGUCAAAAGCAGGAGAUUUUUAUCCAGGUACUGCUGAGCGAGUUUGCUUAAUUUCUGGUAAUGCAGAAUCAAUUAUGGAAGUUCUUUCAUUCAUUAUGGAAAAAAUCAGAGACCGACCUGACUUCAGCAAACCCACCCCUAACCACACUCCUAUUCAAAAUGAUUCAUUUGACAAUAAAAUCAGUCAAGAGAGGGAGAAACAGGUCAAAAUUUUAGUCCCAAACAGUACAGCUGGAAUGAUCAUUGGAAAAGGUGGUAGUUACAUCAAACAAAUAAAAGAAGAAAGUGGAUCAUAUGUCCAGAUAUCUCAAAAAGCAAAAGAUGUAUCCUUACAAGAACGUUGUAUAACUGUUAUUGGUGAACUUGAACAGAAUCAAAAAGCAUGCUUGAUGAUUCUUCAAAAGGUUAUGGAAGAUUCUUUGAGUGGAACUUGCUUGAAUGUGAGCUAUGCUGAUAUUGCGGGCCCUGUUGCAAAUUUUAACCCCCGGGGUUCUCCCUAUGCUAUCACUGCACACACACCCUCGCAACCGGGUACAUUGCAAUCUGGCUUCAAUUCCACCACCAGCCUAAAUUCAAUUGCCUCAGGUAAUGCACUAGGAAAUGGCAUCAACCUAAGUUUAAAUUUAAGUGCCCCCAACUCAGCUACGGGAUCAGCUCUAACAACCCAGUUACUUGAACACAUAAAGGUCACAUUGCGUUCUAGUGGAUACUCUGACCUAGCUACCAACGAGAUCAUUUCAUCUAUGGCUGUUCUGGCACGCUAUGGAAUUCUUGGUAUGGGACUAGGAUUAGCUGGUACUGCUCCGGUUCAACAUCGCACAGCUGCCACAGGCCUGCCUGCUGGCAGUUAUCUUGGUGUUCCAAUGGACUCAACGCCUGCUCAGGUACCAAGCCUUGCAAGUGGUCGAGAUACUGGAGUCUUUGGCCCCAUUGGAACCAUCACUGGUCUUGGUCCUGCUGGAGGAUGUGCCAGUACACCCCGUAAUAGUGUUAAAGAAAGGUUUGGAGAUGCAAGUGAUGUGGGUGGAUUUGACAUGUUCCUUCGUAACCCUGCUCAUUCCGCCUUGUCGACCUCACUUAACAAUAAUUCUUUUGGACUUGGUACCAGUGGGCAGUCUCUUGAACACAGUCCUACUCCAGCAGAUCCCAAGGAUGGAAGAAAGGUUGAUAUUGAGAUUCCAGAAUUAAUUGUAGGAGCCAUUCUUGGAUUUGGAGGCAGAUCACUAGUGGAAAUUCAACAUCUAAGUGGAGCAUCAAUACAGAUCUCAAAGAAAGGCCAGUAUGCUCCAGGUACAAGAAAUCGAAUUGUAACCAUUUCAGGCUUGCCAAAUGCCAUUCAAACUGCGCAGUACCUCAUUGAGCAGCGAGUUAGUGAAGAGGAAGCCAAACGCGCACGUCAGAAUACAAUUGGAGGAUUACUAGUUAACUAAAUGUAUAAGGCAGUGAGUUAAAGCUAUGCUCUGUUUCAAAUGUUGAUAUUAUGCUCAAAUAUUUUUUCAUUUUUGUUUUCCUUAAAUAAUUUGUUUUCCAAACGUUAUAUAGAUCAGUUAGAUGUUAUUUCAAAAUGUUUUCUGGUAUCUUUGUUGUUUGACAUAGUGUUUCUUGUUUAAUUGAAAUUGUUGAGAAUUUGUGGUUUUGGCUCUCUGUUAGUUGGGCAGUUUAUCUUUUGACAAUCAUUUUGAACUGUUUUGCUUUUGCUAAAAGUUUGCUGGAGAAAAUUAUUUGAAAAAAAUUGAGAUUACUGUUCAAGGUGAUCUCUAAUAAUGGGUAUAAACUUAUUGUAAGUGAUCACCCUAAAACUUACAGUAACUUAAUGUUGAAAACGUUAACUUAGUCAUAGGCUAAAGUUGUGAGGAAUGUGAUGUGUGUUGUGAGAUGCAUUAUUUUGCUCCUCGCGUCCAAGAAGAGCUGUGCAUAAUUGUUAGUUUUGUUGACAUGUAAAAGCACAUAGUUCAGCUAUGGAAUUUGUUUGUUGUUGGUUUCAGUCUACCUCUUUGUGAUGCAUUCACAUUGCAGAACUCUGAAGGUGGGCAUGAAUUGUUCUGAGGAUAGAGAUAAAGAGAUGGGGGUAUUUUGAAGAUGCUCAAGCCAUACUGGACCACUAGUCCCUUCCAUCAUUCAGUCCCAAACAUUGGCAUUCUCUUUGACCUGUAUGUGUGUGACGUCUGCUCAAUGAUUGAAAUGUUACCUUAUCAUAAAACUCAUGAAGAUUUUUUUUUUCUGUUUUCAUAAAGUUAAAAGAUUAAGUUUAUUUAUUUAUUCUUUAGUGGUGGUGUCUGGUGCUGAAUUGCAUCUUCAUUUUGCCUUUCUGGCCUAAUUAUUUCAAUUAUCAUAUUUCUUUUUAUAUAUAUUUCCUGGUUAUUUUGUACUUUAAAUACAAUUAAAAGUGUUGUGAUUUCAUAAGAGUAACUCAGCCCAUGUUAAUUGUUGCAGCACAUGUACCUGAAUAAAGCUGUGACUAAGAGUUAAAUUCAUGUAUCAUCAUAGUAGCAUGAAAGGUUUCAUCAUCAGUUACAGGCACCCCACGAGGUCAAAAUGCGGAGAUUCCGCAUGAGCUUGACAAGACCAUUGGGGCAACAUCUAUUCAUGUUUCAUGCUAUUCUGUAUUUUUGAAAGCUUUUUAUCAUCCUUUGUUGCAGAUACUUUUGUUUUUGUGUGAGUGGGUGAGUGGAUGUGCAAAUGUUUGUAUGUGUUUAUUGUAGCUCAAUUUUCAACUCAGUGGGUAUGUUUUCGUUCUUAUGUUCACUUCAAGUGGCUUAUAGUUUUGGGUUGUAUUGUUUGUAUUUGCUCUGCUGUAUGAGUGAGCAAGCCAGCGUGCAUUUCAGUCAGAAUUGUAGUCAGCAAUGUACAAGUCAGUCAAUUGGCAGUCAUCAUGACAGUAGGGCUAGUAAAAGCCUUAUUCAUCACUAGUUAGAUGUUUUUUGUUUUCAUUGUAGUAUACCAUUAUUGUAAAUAUUCAGAUUUCAGACAAAUGUAUGUAUAUGUUAAAUGUAUAUAUCUCUAUAUAUAUAUACAUCACAUUAGCAUUUUGUGCAUAUUCAAUCAGAUGUCAAAUGCUAGUAUUUUCAAGAGUUUAAUUCAAGUUUAAUUCAUGAAUGAGUUGUUGUUUGUUGUUGGUCUCUCACUACAAAAUUGAUGUUAUUUGUAAUUCCUCAUUUUAGAAUUUACGUCAGCAUUUACGGUCUCAUGUAUGUAUGGGAUUGAAAUUUGCUCUACCUGCACAUGCACACAUCCUCAGGAGUAUCUUAAUAUCUUUUGAAAUUGGGGUAACAAUUCAAAAUCAGUUUGUAAUUUGGGAAUGUGCAGUUUGUGAUGUAGGUAAGCUCUUAUCCGAAUUGUUAUCACACUCAGGUAAAGUUUAGAAAUAUUUUUUAACUGUGGUUCAGUGAAUACAGUUAUUUUGUAGCAAUUGCUCUGGGGACAGCAGGAUUGUUUAAAGUCUGGAAUCAACAACAUGGGGAUUGUGUUAUGCAGUUCAUCAAAACACUAAUUUUUUCUCCAGUUCGUGAAGGUGUCAAAUAUUUUCAUCCCAGUUUUAUAUUUUGGCCAAAUGUUGAUAGCUAUUUGAUAUGUAUAUUUGUGAACGAGUAUCCAGGGAAAUAGUGUGGUAUUUUACAAAGAAUGUCCUACCGACAAUUUCUGCUUGUGAUAAUGCUUAGUACAGUUGUUUUUGUAUCUUUGUUCGAAAUGCCACCACGUCAUUAAUGUGCUCCUGUCAUUUAUUUGACUGAAAAUCUCCUGAUUUAAUUUUACUUAUUGCCUUUUGUUUCCAAUGAAGGAUUAGUAAUUGAUAUGUGAUUUACAUGUGCGUAAUUUACUGCUGAUUUAACUUCCAUUAGUUUAACAUACUCAUGGCAUCAUUAAUCAUUAUUUUUUCAUGCCCUCAAAAUUUUGUAAUCUUGUGUUUUUUCACACCCAAUUUGUUUUCUUUUUUCACUUUUCAGCAUGCCUUUUUUUUUUUUUUUUUUUUUAUUUUGGGUUGUGAAGUCCUCUUUUUUCUAUUGUGUUCAUAGAAUACAUAUAAUAUUCUGCAAUUAAUUUUCAAGUGAAAUGACAAAUGCAACCAAUUCUAGAGGUUGGUUAGAUAGAGCAGCAUCGGCAAAACCAUGACUAGUCCCACUUUAAGUGGCUUACUUGUUAAAAAUUGAAAAUAAUUUUGUCGUUGUUUGUUUUGAUGAUGUAGCAUUGCAUUAUUUUUUUAAAAGGAAGAUGUAUGGUGGUGUUGGCUCUUACUUAAUAUACAUUAUUUUUCAUUGUUUUCUCUGAAAUUUUGUAUGUGAUCACGAAAGCAUUUACAAAUGUCAUGGCAUGUAUCAUAAAUGUAGGAGCACUGCAUUUGUUUUAAGGACUUGGUCCUAUCACCAUCAUCUCAUUGGUAACAAGACUGGCCAUCAGAAUCAUUUGAGUUACCACCACUACCACUUGUGUGAUUAGAUACAUAGAUGCUCUAUUUUUGUCCAUUACUAUUUAGAUUAUUUGUUGGUAACAUUGUAUGUAUUGAUGAGAUUUCAAGGUUCAGUUUGUUGUACUUGUGUAAUGGGUACAGAAUGUAGUGCAUUAAGGAAAGUCUUGUUGCAUAUGGCAACAAUUUGUGAUUGUUGAGGUAUGUACUAACAUUUUGUGUGUAUUCUUACCUCUGUAGCACCUUGCUAUGUAUUCAUUUACAUUUUCCUUGGCUCAAAUUGAGUUGUGAAUAUCUAGCUCACCAUUACAUUACAUGUUCUAACAUUUCCACCUUCAUUCAUUUUUUUCCCCUCAAAUACUUUUGAUUCAAUUACAAUAUAAAAUAUCAUUAUGUGAAGAUCUGAGUUGUGAAUCACUAAAUUAUAAUGUUUUGUUGUGGCUUUGAACUUCAAUAGUUGGCAUUUUAUAUACUGAUUGACAUUGAUUCGGGUAUUGUUUAGUGCCAUAUGUUCAUUAAUAUAAAAGAUUCAAUGUUUUCAUUUUUAAAAUUAAUAUUCCAUUUUCGCCACAAUGUUUCUCAUGCUAUCAAGUAUUUAUAUUUUCACAGAUAAUUUUAAGCCAGAUGCUGAAUAGAACAUUUCAUUUAUCACAAGUUCCUGUUAAAUAUGAGUUUUCUGGUAAAAUUAGUUCCAAAGUCGUUCUUAUUCAUUCACUUUCCUAAAGAAAAUAAAGCAGGCGUAGCUGCACAAGUUACAAUCUGGCUCUGCAGAACUCACCAAGUGAGCUGUGUGGAUCAAUGUAGUUCCAUAAAUGACUGCCAGACUUGAUAUUUUAUGAUUAAUUCACUGCUUUUAAAUGCUUAGUACACUCCAUUGUGAAGUGCUAUGUUUUUAAGUUGUUGCGCCUGUGAAUGGUUCUAAAUGAGAAAUGUGACUGGCAAUGCUGAUGAAUUGUGUUGUGUGGCUACAUUUAGCAAGGUGAUACAUCUCAGGUUAAAUUAGAGGAUAAAUUUUUAACUAUUACAUUAUCCCUUUCUCAGUAUAUUUAGAAAAGGAAUGAAGUAAUGUCUGAGAAUUUAGCAGCAUGUUCACUGAUGUUCCAUUUAUUCUACAUGCAUGACAUGGUUGUUUCAUAAUAAAGAAAUCUCAAUAAAAUAUAUUAGAAUGUUAAAAUUA